UGUUGGGAAAGUGGGUGUCGCUGUGCACGCUGCUGGAGGAGCUUCCCAGCGAUGUGUCGCAGACUUUAAACACACUGUGACAUACAGUGGUGGAAGGAGGGGAGAUCGCGCCGUAUUGGAUCGUAUACUGCAACACUUCUUAUGCAAUGAGUCCGGCCGUUUUCAUUCUGAUCUGUGUCUGACGAUUCAGUUUCCGCGCGCGAUGCUCUGACCGCCGUGUGUUUAUAUGGAGACAGACACCCUAAGAAACAGUCAACCGGGAAAUGGUAACACAUGAACCUCCUCACUGGAAGGAACAUGGUUGAGAGGAGCAGUAAAUUUCUGUUCAUCGUUGUCGGAUCGGUUCUGUUCAUGCUGAUUUUGUAUCAGUACGUGGCUCCGGGGAUGAUGAACUUCGGCUCUCCGCACGGGUACAUGCUGGAAGACGAUGCGGAUCUCUUCCCGACUCCUGAUCCGCAUUACGUGAAGAAAUACUAUUUCCCCAUCAGGGAUCUGGAGCGGACUGUGGAUUUUGAAAUCAAAGGGGAUGAUGUGAUUGUGUUCCUCCACAUCCAGAAGACCGGCGGCACCACGUUCGGGAGGCACCUGGUCCAGAAUGUCAGGUUGGAGGUUCCGUGCGACUGUAGACCGGGACAGAAGAAGUGUACUUGUUACCGACCCAACAGGAAAGAAACGUGGCUCUUCUCUCGGUUCUCCACCGGUUGGAGUUGUGGUUUACACGCGGACUGGACCGAACUGACCAACUGCGUCCCGGGGGUUUUGAACAAAAAGGAGAGCAGGAUGAAAAACCAAAGGAAGUUCUACUACAUUACCGUUUUACGGGACCCUGUGUCUCGGUACCUAAGCGAGUGGAGACACGUCCAGCGCGGGGCCACAUGGAAAACCUCCCUGCACAUGUGCGAUGGGCGAACACCCACACCGGAGGAGCUGCCCCCCUGCUACGAGGGCACCGACUGGUCGGGCUGCACUUUGCAGCAGUUCAUGGACUGUCCGUACAACCUCGCAAAUAACCGUCAAGUGCGCAUGCUGGCCGACCUCAGCCUGGUGGGCUGCUACAACAUGUCCUUCAUCCCGGAGAAGAAGCGUGCGCAGGUACUACUCGAGUCGGCCAAGAAGAACCUACGAGACAUGGCCUUCUUCGGCCUGACCGAGUUCCAGCGCAAAACGCAGUACUUGUUCGAACGGACCUUCCGCCUCAAGUUCAUCCGGCCCUUCAUGCAGUACAAUAGCACACGGGCCGCGGGAGUGGACCUGGAUAACGGCACAGUGCAGCGGAUCGAGGAGCUCAACGAUCUGGACAUGCAGUUGUACGACUACGCCAGGGAUCUUUUUCAGCAGCGCUACAUGUACAAGCGACAACUCGAGCGAAGAGAGCAGCGCCUUAAGAACCAGCUCGCCCUUUUCCCAUUUCGCCGGGCACCCAGCUCUGAUUUCAGGGAUGAUGCACCGGAGUCCGAGGCGUCCCGACUGCCCACGGAGGACUACAUGAAUCACAUCAUCGACCGCUGGUAGCAGUGCUGGGGGGAGGGGGACGGUAAAUACCGGUUGAGGAGGAGAAAAGGGCUGCGAUGCCCAGGUCAAAUCAAGCAGGAGAGGAACAUGGCGAACAAGAAAGAGAUAGAACUUUAGCGCCACAAUUAAAUACGGCCCUCCCCCCUUCUGUUGUGCUCCAGGAUAUCCUCCGGUCGUCCUGGAGAGGAAGGACUCUAAACGCGGCAUGCUCUUCGCCGCUAAUGCGAAGACUUUGCGUGUUAGGACAGAAAUGACUGAGUAACUUAAAGCACUGAGCCUGAACUUAAAACUAAGAGGCGAAGACUUCUACAGGCGCAUUCGCCCACGGAAGGAAAAAACAUACGUUAAAAUGAUCGGAAUUAUACUCACUGCAGAUUUUAAAAGAAUGAACCGAUUGAAAUUGUAUAAGGGUAUUUGCUUAAAUGUCUUUUGCCAUUUCAGCCAUAAUAACGGUCUGUCUCUUUAUUUUUUCAUUUAUUAUGGUCUAAUUAUUUUUGAAAGGGAUUGUUCGUCCCUCAAAGAGGUAAAACUCACAGCACUGAGACCAACAGAGCUGCCUAACACUUAUUAGAUGCAAUUUAUUAGUUUUUCAUAAUCGUUGAUGACUUGAAAAAGGUCUGUUCUAUUGUCCCUUUUUGUAUUUGCACAUCGGUUGCGAAUUUCAAUGGAGGGACGGACGACGUGUGGACCAUAGCCAUUAUUUAAGCUUUCAGCAUACUUGUACGAGAAAAUUCUGUGUGCUAAGCGUACUAAUAUAACCUUACCGAAUGUGAGAGUUGUUUCGUUUGUCUGAUCCGACAGAUGUCUUGCGUGAUGUUAUAGACCGAGACCAAUUCUAAGUUGUCAUUAGCACUCAAUCAAGGCCAUUUCGCGAGAACCUGGUGGAGAUCCAAAGAGGAAACCGUGUCUUAUUUUACACUUAGUAAGGAUGGGCUCUGUGUUUCUAGGCGAAGUCAUGCAAUCUAAAUACGACUGACUCUGUAAUGACGCCUGUGUGUCAGUCAAUAACGGAAGCAUUUUAGAGCUUGUGUGAAAGUGUGUGUGUGAAAGAGAGUGCUCGUGAAUUGCAAGAGCAGAAUGAAGAAGCAGCAAAUGCAGCCUUUAUAAAUGUCAUCACCAUUCCCAAUUCCCAGAGACUACUCAUUAAGUAUGCGGGUGGAUGGAGGAUUAUUGUGUGUGUUUGAGAUUCUAAGCAUUCUGUUGAGGAUGACUGUUUUAGGUACGCAAUCAUGUUUGGCUGUUAUUUUUUUUCUGUGCGAAUGUGUGCGAGUGUGCGAGUAUUUCACAAUCGAUAUCUUGCCAUGGUCCUCAGGGACUGAAGCGAUUGCCAGUAAGGGGACAAGAAUGAUGUCACAUGUUUCCCCUUAUGCAAAUCUUUGAGUUGUUUGUUGUUCAAGGAAUAGUUUGCACUGAGAAGUGCACAGUUCUCUCAUUAUUUACUCACUCCUAAUCCAUGUGACCAUAAAAUGAGAUGUUUUGCAGAAUGCUCAAUCUGCUCUUUUCCAAACAUUGAAGGUGAAUAGGAACCUGAGCUGUGGACAACCAAAACUAUAUUUAAAUUCAAGUCUUAAAGUGUAUUUAAAGUGUAGUUAAGUCAAAUGGAUGGUCACUUUUUCAUUGUACAGGAUAUAAAAGAGCAGCGUGAGCAUCCUGCAAAGCGUCUUCAUUUUAGGUUCCACUGAAAAAAGAAAGCCGUACUGAUUUGAAAAUACUGAGAAUGAGUAAAUGACAGAAUAGUAAUUUUUGGGUGGACUGUCCCUUUAAGUUGACGUCUCCACAACAACUUCAGAGUAAACAUUAUGUGAAUAAGGUAUCAGGAAGAAUUACCUUGACUCUGACUCUUAAAGUGUUAAGUGGGAUGUUUUGACUUUACUUUACUUACUGCUCUGCAAUGGGAAUUUGUUUUCUCAGUAGCUAUAAUGACAGACUACUCUUCACUUACGCAUAUGUAACCUAAAGUGUUAUGUUUUUCAGGAACAAAUCUUCUCAUGACGGAUCUGCAUAAUUCAUGAAUGAUUUUUAGGAAGGCAGCCCUUUAUUAAUAUCUCAGUGUGAUGCUGCCAUUCCCCACAGCUGAUAUGCUCUUAAUUGAAACCCUCAGGGUUGUAGUAAUUGUUGGUCUCAUUGCAGGAUAUUUCGGUGACCAUGUGUUUCUCAACCUUAAUUUAACAAUGGCAUCCAGCCAAUCAGAAUAGAAUAUUGGUGUGCUUUAAAAUUGUCCACUGCGUCCAACUGUCAAAUAUUAGGCCAGAAUCAUGCUCUACAGUGACGCUAACAAACCCCAGUACUCAAGGGGGCAACAUGGUCACUUUCAAAUUUUUGGGCCAUUAAAGUGUUCUUAUUCAGGUAACUAGCUAUAGAUGGUUUAACUUUUACUUACUCAGCUAGAUUGCUCAGUCAUGACGGUAGUUGACCUGAAAGAGAAAGCGUAUUCAGUUUAUGCUAAAUCCUGCUAUGGCAAUACGACACAGUGGUAAUACGACACAGCUCAGUUGCGUUAUCAAUUGCAUCAUUUUCAUAACAGUUUCUAAAAUGAAGCUAGAGGCAUUUGCCUUUACCUACUCCUCUAGAGUGUGUUUCUGGCCUUAUGUGAGUCUAGCAAAUUGACUUCAGCUCUUUCUGAAAGAAAGAUUCAUUUAUUAAUCACAUCCAGUUCAUCUGCUCUGGGUAUUUUUCUCAUUAUUUCAGCAAUGGAUCAUCAAAUACACCAUUAAAAAUGCAUUUUUGUAUAAAUA